AUGCGUAUACCAGUCGGGAUACUCGCUCAGAUCAUCAAGCAUAUGGACGUUGUGCCUCCGCUCGAAGACGUCCUGGAACUACGGCUCACUUCUAGCACAGUGAACAAGGAAGUGCUGAGAGUCCUUGCUCGCUCUGACCAGAUCUUUCCGCGCAAUGUAGAUAAACUCCUCGAGAUCAACAAGAUAGAGUUGAAUCCACAGAUGAUGGUUCAUCAAAUGGUUCGUUGCCGUAAACGUCACGCUGCAUCCGAGGAUCAUACAGGCUUGCCGCCUCCCAAGCGAAGGUGUUGCUUCAUGGGCCACCCGAUGAACUUCAAGAUUGCCCCAGAGGAUUCGGUCCCGCGACCUUUACCCCUAAGUCUGCUUCGUCCCUACCUCGUAGCUCGUAUGGAACGCGCCGAGGCACAUCCCUGUCUCCUCUCGGUCUUUACUGACAGGAUAUGGUUGCCGCGUUUGGAACAUCUCACCAAAGACAUAUUCUCCACUCUGUUCGACUCACACGGUCUCAACUACUGGCUCCCACUCUACGAUGCCACGCACUUGACCGUCUAUCCCAGCACCGAACACAACAUUCGUCUCUUCUGUCUGUUUCGACUCAUCCGCAAGUCCACUCAACUACAGAAUUACGAGGCAGACGAGGGACUACCUGACCUGAUCAUCAACCUCCUGGAGCAACCUCCUGGAGCAUCCUCUGACAACACCUGA